AUGCGGCCAUUCAGCCAUGUCUUCCUCGUUUGUUCAUUGCUUUUGCUGGUUUUGUAUGUGAGACCCUCGAUCGGGAAUGGCAAUGUCAACGUACUACAUCCAGUUGCUUUUGCACGACGGCAAGAUGGAGAAAACACUGCAUCGAAUGAACCAACCAAAACAGAGGAUUCUACCAUCACCGAUGCACCAACAAGAACUGCGGAUUCAACAGAAAACGCCACUGGUGACAAUAGCGAUAGAACCACCGGGUCCACAGAAACCGAUACCAAUAGUGAAACAACCUCAGAGCCGAAAACCACAGAAAUCCCGUUCGAUGCACCCCCAGGCGGUAUUAUGGUGGUCCAACCAGCAAUAACUGAUGGGCCAACUUAUAUCAAAAUCGGAACCACGGCGACAUUUAAAUGGAAUUACACAUCUCUAAUUGUCACCCCGUCUGCGAUUGUAGUGGCUGCCUACUGCAGCAAAAAUUCUCACACAUACACAAUCUCUUCGAAUAUGACUGUUGACCCAACCGCAGAGGUUACCUGGGACACGAGUGUCUACAAUACCCAAAACGAGCCUCUAUUAACCGAAAAAUACACGCUUCUCGUCUAUGACAUGUCCAAGAGUCCAACAGACCCACCUCAGCCUGGCCUUCUAACUUUAUAUAACCAGUUAACCUUCGGAAUGUAUUCCCCACAGACUGAUUACGUGUGUUCCACUUGCAACGCAGCUAUGUCAGACAUGGACCGUCAAGCUCUGAAGUUUAUGUUUGGCAUGGCCAUGAUUACAGUUCUGUCAUUUACGUGGUUCGUUACGGGUAUUGGGUUGCUGGCCUAG